ACCUACCACAAUAAUAGUCCAUUUGGAGAUAUUCUAUUGUACAUACCCAUGCAAGCCACCACCCUGCCGGCCAUUCCCUGCUUGAAGUGAUAAACUUGCAUCUCUCGGCGUCAAAAGGCCCAAAGCCCAAGAUCCAGUUGUCUCGAUCAAGCACAGCCAGCCAGCCAGAGGUAAACUACCAUUGCUCAGCGUUCCCGUUCGACGAAAAAGUAAAUAGUGGAAGCUCUGGGUCGGCAGGCCGUGUUGUGAUUGGACUAGGUUUUUUAUUUUAGUCUUUUUGCUAUUUGUCCGCCUGGUGUUAUGCAAAGAUGAUCGACGUGACAGCAGAUCAGGACGACGACUCACCCAUCAGGAAGCCUGUUGCCAAGUUGGCGCUCGCCGCAGCUCGGUCACUCUUUUCGAGCUAGCCCACCCAGUCUGCGUUUGGCAUGGAACGUGAAUGUUAGAGGAUGAUGAUCCAACUCGCGAGCAGCUCACUAGUACCAAUCUACCGCCUAUCUAUUAUUUCAACUUCAAAAUUAGUCGGGUCAUUUUUUCCUGGAUGUGUGCGUCCUGCAGAACCUGCACCCGCCAUGCUCUCCACAACGGAUACUACCUCCUGCGGAGCAAAUUGGAAACGUUGGCAAAAUGAAGCUCAUUGUAGCAAAUCACUAUCGGGGAGGUUUGGCAUCCCCCUUGCCACUUUUUUCCUGACAACCUCUGGAGCAAUGGGUGUAGGGGGGGAAGCGUUAAUCCACUACUGAGUCCAUGGGGCCAUACCGAAUCUUCCCUUCCUCCCAACGCCACCCCUAAAUAUUAAUGAAAGCUCACUAAAAGGAUCCACCCUCCAUCGUCCGAGAUUAGCACUGGGGGAAUCCCAGUACGAGGCAGAUGCUCCGCUCGAGCGUGACAACUCUUCUCUUCAAGUUCAGGCGUAUGCUCCCGGACCCUGCCUUGCUAUGACCUGCAUGAUGGAUAAUAGUAUUAUGAUAACCAUACACUUCCGGAGAUGAUCGCGAAGGCUUGAUUGAUUCAGCCGGAGCUUAGGUCAAUAAUGUCCUCAUCUUCCGUUCUACUACUAAAUCCACCUGGGCACCUCUCUCUCUCUCUGACCAACUCAGCUUCUCUAUAACUUCAAAACACAUCUCUAGAGUUAGCCACCAACUAUUCUCACUACUCCUCCUUUUUUUCUUUCUAUCUCCUACUGUUUUUGUAUUUUUUUAUUUUAUUUUUUUGCCUCCUUCCCCUCCAUUCUGCCUCUUUGAACGGAUCUCUUGCCUUUCCCUAUUUUGUUUUAGUCAUCGCAUCCUUUCCUAGUUGCGCCUCCUUCGAUGGUAGCGUUCAGUCUGGCAAUCAUUGAACUUUAGUCUCCGAAAGGUGUCUCCAGAUUUGGCGUCGCUCAGUGGCGAAUUCAGAGAUGCGAUAGCAAUCAAUUGGACCCUUAAACAGCUGCACGCACACCCGUACAGCCCUUGCCAGCUAGCUUUUGUGUGUUCCAUUUUCUUAUUAUUUCAUUUCGAGCCUGUCAUACCUCAUCGUGGGAGUCUCUUCCUCAAUAACUUGGAAAGUUACGUCCAGCGACGGCUGUGACAGUUUUUUGAACUGUUCUCUUGUCUGAUCGCCUUAGGCUGGAUUGUUACCACUAUCUACCUUCGGGUGUCAUAUGUGACAGAUCUAGGGAAUUUCGGCCGGAGCUGAUGAACCUUUAGGCGGAUCGAGUUCGCGUUUUCCAUGAGCGGAAGAUUCCAUGGUGUUUGCUCACACCGAGAUUCAUGAUCGGCACCAUUGGGUCUUCAUGCUUCCGCCGUUUAUGCGAUAGUCCAGAUCCGAGUCGGUUGUCUCUUUGGUUUUCCAUGCCUUAUACGGGCUUUGCCGGCCAUUUAACCCUUCUAUCUAUCUUCUAUAGUUCCAGACGUUGGAUUGGGAAAAGUGAACCUCAUGCACUCCUUACGAUCUACCGGGCUCCCCCUCCCCUUCACGCCAUUCGGACAAGCCCACGGGUCAAGCUCCGAUCCUCUGAGAUUCCCUUUAAAUUUGAAUCUGUCAGGCGAGCCUUGCAAUCCCAACCUUCGGGCUCCCUAUCUCUCUCCCCCUAUGUCCGGAACCCCCUCGCCUGAAAGUCGUUUCGAUUCACUCCUUGGAGACAGGCGCCGAAAACGUUCCAACUCACCCAUUACGUCCACUACUCAUGGCAAUGUACAGCCGCUUUUAUCUUACGCGGAAUCUCCAGCAAGAGCCCCGGGACUUAGUGCAAUUCUCCCUGACUCACAACGGUUACCCACCGGGCAGCCAGGCAUGUCUAUCAUCGGGCUGCCCGCGAUUCAUGGCCCUCAACUCCAGCAUACUCUUCAGUCUGGAUCUCUUCUACCCCCAAGAACCACCACGCUUCCCCCUAGAUCUACACGUAGAGCAAAAGCUCAUGUCGCCUCGGCAUGCGUGAAUUGCAAACGGAAACAUCUUGGAUGCGACUCGGCACGCCCAUGCCGAAGAUGUAUUUCAGCGGGAAAAGAAGAAUCUUGUGUGGACGUCAGACACAAACGACGAGGCAGACCCCCUUUAAAAGUUGAAGAGGGACCGCUGCAACCAUACGAACCCACAUUUAGUCAUUCAGGAGUAUCAUGCCCUGAGCCGCAAAGUUCCUCGCCCGCAUCCCAAUUCUAUGGCCACAGACGGACUUCUUCCUCCCGGGAAAUUCGCCCGAUCACGGAAGUACGACUACCUAGGAGGUCUAGUGAGGUUGGGGUGGAAUAUGGGCCGCCAAUGCCUAAUCCCGCGAUGCCUAAUCCCCACAUGUGGGUUCCUCCAGAUCCAUCACGGGGGAUUCAUACAUCAACAGCUAUCCCAAGCCCGUUCUCUAGUCAAAUGGCGCUUUCCAGCGGUUCGUCCCAGCGAUCCCCAACCCAUAAUAGCCCUUUAUUUUCACCUGGCGCGGUAUCGUCCUCCACAUUUACUCCAGAAUAUCGAGAUGUGUCAAGCUCCAUCCCCCCUUUCUAUGGCGAAAGGAUACCACCGAACCAGCCCCCUCGCCAAUACCAACGACGUCAUAGGCCUCCGCCCCCUACCGGAUCUGCGUAUUUCGGAGGACCGGGAUCUGCGCACGGGCCGCUAUCAAGUCCUCCCUUAUCUGCUCCCAGCAGUGCGCGGAACUACCCAUUCUCGAGUCCUGGCCAGUCACAAAUACAGUUACCACCUCUUAUGCCGUCAAAAAGGGGGUCAGAAUUCGAGUUUACUCAGGGUAUCCAACGGCCACCUGUACCAACUCAGGCGCCAUCCCUAUUGUCUUUACAACCAGGGCGACCAAACCCAGGGCGGGAUGAUCAUGCCCAAGAGUUGGAAGACCACCGCUCCCUGCCGGCGCACCCUCCCUUCCAGCCAGUCACUUUUUCCUCCGGGCCGUCCGGUCGAGGACGAUUGGAUCCAUACCGUCCUCUGCAACAAGGAACUGUCCCACAAGGCAAAUCCAGCCUUUUGACUUCGCAUACUCAGCCAGCCCUGGAAGAUAAAAACUCAGCAGCAAAGGAGAAGGAAGAGGCCUCAGAAUCUCGACCUAUAAAAAGACACAAGAUGGCUCUAGGAGAUAUGGUCAAUGACUAAUUCUUCCUUUUAACUCCCUAAUGUGAAGUGAUGUACGGUUUGGUUUACACACAAAUAGAAAGAAAAAAAAGAAAGAAAAAAAGAAUCGAAUUCGAAGAUACGAAUGGAAGAAAUGACAUAGCAAUAAACGAAUUCCGAAGAAUGGGCACAAAACUACCCAAUAAUAUAGGAUGAGAGACACGGGCCAAAUUAUAAAAAAUUCCCUUUGUUAUUUUUUCCCUUUGUUUUGUUGUCACUUUUCGCUUUGCCAGAAGUAAGAGGGAGACAACAUAGAUCAGACCGACUCCUACGCCGUUAACUUUUGUCCUACCCUACUUAUGAAGGAGAGCACGCAUACCAUACCCGAUACAAAUAUCUAUGCCCAUACCGGUAAACUAUAUCCUGUGGAAACUAUUCUUCCUCUUCUUUUUGCGUUUUCUUAUUCUUAGCCUUUGUUGUUUCGGUCGGAAUACCCCUUGUUUACAUUGGAGUUAUCAUGCUGGCUCAGCCUUUUCUUUUUAUUUGCUACUUGCUAUUUCUGCAAGGCCACAUAUAUAAACGUGUACGCCUGGGAAGUGGCACCUUAUUCCCUUCUUUUCUUUUUUUGCUUUUCUAGUUUUAAUCUCUCCCUUGUUGAUGUGCAGCUUUCUUUUGUUAUUUUAUAUCUAUGUGCUAGUAUUUCAUUCUAUUUCAUACUUUUACAUAUCUUAACGUCUUUUCCAGAUGAUACCCUUUUGCGUUUUGCAUCUUAUGGUUUUAUUUAUUUCCUGCUCGCUUUCUUCACACUGCUACGACAUCUUUCACUCGGUUUCUGAUAGUAUACACUUCUAUAUUUUUUGCCGAGAGAUAUGCACGGGAAUUUGGCACCGCACGCUGAAAGUAUACAUAUGUUUACCCUUAUUAUAGUGAUACCAGGCCUUCCCAGGACAACGCUACUAUGAAAUAUUUUCGCCAGGUUCUAACCUUGGUUUCCCCGCUCAGCCCGUUUGAGGAUUGCCACGACUUCUAAAAUGGUCCGCCUCCCACCUAAAAAAUACAGGAGGUUUGGCUUUCGUUUAUAUAUGCAUCGAAUUCUAAUGGUAUAUAUCUAACAAACUAUGCCAGAAACCCGAACUGGAUGUUACAUAAAAGGCCCUCAUACAUCCCAGAGUGGGAAUAGACUCAUAUACCAAUCUAGGCAUGGUAUGGUAGCAAACCGCUCUCAACUCUAAUUCAUGCAUACCCGGUGUCGGCCCUCUGUGCAUCCUUCCUCUUCAUUGCAUGAAGAAAGAACAGGGGAAAUACCCGUUCGGCCCAUAACCGUCGUUGGAAUCGAGUACGUCGGGUCUGUGGAGCGGCCCCCUGCCUUAUUUUUAUUGGUUUUUUAUUUUUUAUUUUUUUUCCUCCACAGAUACCGGACAGCUGGCAUAGGAGAAGCUGGCUAAGGCGCCUUGCUUGUGCGUGGUCUUGAGCAAAGUAACGACCAGCAUGAAGCUCCGUAUCCUCCACAAAAUACUUCCAGCCGAACAAGGCCAGUAGCUGAAUCCAUUUACCACUAUAGGGGAUUCGGUCUGAUUUGUCUUUCUUUUGCUUUCGCUCUCUUCUAGACUGAUUUUUUCUUCACGCCAGCUCGUUAUUCUGGAGAAACGUGGUUUGCAUGUGGACGUUCAUCCACAAUUUAGAGCCACAUUCUAUCCCAAAUCAUGUGGCUAGGUUGAUAUGCUGACCCAUAUAGUCUGCAGUUCGCUACAAUCGAGAUGAGGAACAGGAUGAUGUGCGCCCAUGCGUAUUGUAGCGCCUGCCAGAAACUCCUAUUAGGGAUGUACAUGUACCAUACAGCGGUGCAUCCUGUGCAUAGAUAAGCAUGCGUGAUCGCCUCCUCAGGUUGGAGAAUAGAAAUCCUGAAGGCAUAAUAGGUGUUGGGAAUCACAUGGGCUCCUCGGAAACCUCGGACAACUUGUCGAUUUGCUUUAGAUGUUGUAUGGUGUUUUUCUCAUAUCCCCACUGGCGUUGCCUUUUUUGAGUUCUCCUUCCAAUAGAAGUUCUCCGGGUUACUAGCCGAGUGGGUAUGCCCAGCAGCUUCCAUGCCCCUACGAUGGUCACACAUUGUAUCAGAGUGAGGGUAUUGUAGAGAUACUCGUUUGAUCGUGGUUGGUUGGUAAGACCCAAAUUUCACGUGGCUAGCGGGAAUGCAAACAGAAUACUGGGACAGAAUGUAGAGGGAUAAACUUGAUUUCAUAUUGAAAUAUUUGGUUGCUGGCUGGGUUUCUCCGAUAGUGUUGCCAAUAUAGUAUCCAUUUAGCUGCGUGUACAAUAGCUUGAAGAAUGUGGAUCCACGCCCGACCGUUAUUCAACGUCUGGAAAUAACGUGUGUUUUCGAGAGAGGAUUUCAGAUAUCGCAUUGGCAAAGCUGAUUCCAAGGUGGAUUACUAUGGUGGAACCUAGCAUUGUAUGUGAAUCUGUAAGGUUGUUCAAGUUUGCCAUUGUACUGUACAUACCUGACCUUGCCAUUGUCUGCACAGGACACCGAACGAGACAGAACAGUCUGCAGUCCAGGCCAAAAUUCAUAAAUUCAACUCCA